AUGCCCACCAGCGUCCCGCCGCGCCGCCCGCGGCCGCCGCCGCCGCUGUCGCUGCUGCUGCUGCUGCUGCUGGCCCUGGGCGGCCGCCGCCUGCACGCGGAGCCCGGCGACGGCGCGGAGACCUGGGCCCGCUUCGCGCGCCCUCCCGCUCCCGAGGCCGCGGGCCUCCUCCACGACACCUUCCCCGACGGCUUCCUCUGGGCCGUGGGCAGCGCCGCCUACCAGACCGAGGGCGGCUGGCGGCAGCACGGCAAGGGCGCGUCCAUCUGGGACACGUUCACCCACCAGCUCCCGGCGCCCCCGGCAGAACCCACGAUCGCCGACCUGCCGUCGGACGCCCCGUUGCCGCCCCUGCCCGCCACCGGGGACGUGGCCAGCGACAGCUACAACAACGUCUUCCGCGACACGGAGGGGCUGCGCGAGCUCGGGGUCACCCACUACCGCUUCUCCAUCUCGUGGGCGCGGGUGCUCCCCAACGGCACCGCGGGCGCCCCCAACCGCGAGGGGCUGCGCUACUACCGGCGCCUGCUGGAGCGGCUGCGGGAGCUGGGCGUGCAGCCCGUGGUCACCCUGUACCACUGGGACCUGCCCCAGCGCCUGCAGGACGCCUACGGCGGCUGGGCCAACCCUGCUGUGGCCGACCACUUCAGGGAUUACGCCGAGCUCUGCUUCCGCCACUUCGGCGGCCAGGUCAAGUACUGGAUCACCAUCGACAACCCCUACGUGGUGGCCUGGCACGGCUACGCCACUGGGCGCCUGGCCCCCGGCAUCCGGGGGAGCCCGCGGCUCGGGUACCUGGUGGCGCACAACCUCCUCCUGGCUCAUGCCAAAAUCUGGCAUCUCUACAAUACUUCUUUUCGCUCCACUCAGGGAGGCCAGGUGUCCAUCGCCCUAGGCUCCCACUGGAUAAACCCUCGCAGAAUGACCGACCAUAACAUCAAAGAAUGUCAAAAAUCUCUUGACUUUGUGCUAGGCUGGUUUGCCAAACCCAUAUUUAUUGAUGGUGACUAUCCUGAAAGCAUGAAGAAUAACCUUUCAUCUCUUCUGCCUGACUUUACUGAAUCUGAGAAAAAGUUCAUCAAUGGAACGGCUGACUUUUUUGCUCUUUCCUUUGGACCAACCUUGAGUUUUCAACUCUUGGACCCUGCCAUGAAGUUCCGCCAAUCAGAAUCUCCCAGCCUGAGGCAACUGCUCUCCUGGAUUGACCUUGAAUAUAACCACCCUCAAAUAUUUAUUGUGGAAAAUGGCUGGUUUGUCUCAGGGACCACCAAGAGAGAUGAUGCCAAAUAUAUGUAUUAUCUCAAAAAGUUCAUCAUGGAAACCUUAAAAGCCAUCAGGGUGGAUGGGGUCAAUGUCAUUGGGUACACGGCGUGGUCCCUCAUGGAUGGCUUCGAGUGGCACAGAGGCUACAGCAUCAGACGCGGACUCUUCUAUGUUGACUUUCUAAGCCAGGAUAAGAAGUUGUUGCCGAAAUCUUCAGCCUUGUUCUACCAAAAGCUGAUAGAGAAAAAUGGCUUCCCUCCUAUACCUGAAAAUCAACCCCUAGAAGGGACAUUUCCCUGUGACUUUGCUUGGGGAAUUGUUGACAACUACAUUCAAGUAGACACCACUCUGUCUCAGUUUACCGACCCGAAUGUGUACCUGUGGGAUGUCCACCACAGUAAGAGGCUUAUUAAGGUGGACGGGGUCGUGACCAAGAAGAGGAAAGCCCACUGCGUGGACUUGGCUGCCAUCCGGCCCCAGGUCGCCUUACUCCUGGAGAUGCACGUCACGCACUUCCGCUUCUCGCUGGACUGGGCGCGGAUCCUCCCCCUGGGGAACCAGUCGCAGGUGAACCAAACGGUCCUGCACUACUACCGCUGCGUGGUCAGCGAGCUCGUCCGCGCCAACAUCACGCCGGUGGUGGCCCUGUGGCAGCCUUCCGCGCCGCACCACGGCCUGCCGCGCCCCCUGGCCAGGCAGGGCGCCUGGGAGAACCCGCACACCGCCCUGGCUUUUGCAGAAUACGCCCGACUGUGCUUUAAGGAGCUGGGCCACCGCGUCAAGUUCUGGAUCACGCUGAACGAGCCGUACACGCGCAACAUGACCUUCAGCGCCGGCCACAACCUGCUGAGGGCCCACGCGCUGGCCUGGCGCGUGUACCACGACAAGUUCAGGCUGGCGCAGGGCGGCCGGAUCUCCAUAGCCCUGCAGGCGGACUGGAUAGAACCGGCCUGCCCUUUCUCCCAAAAGGACAAAGAAGUGGCAGAGAGAGUUCUGGAAUUUGACAUCGGCUGGCUGGCUGAGCCCAUUUUUGGCUCUGGCGAUUAUCCACGUGUCAUGAGGGACUGGCUGAACCAAAGAAAUAAUUUCCUUCUACCUUAUUUCACGGAAGACGAAAAGAAGCUCAUCCAGGGUUCCUUUGACUUUUUGGCUUUAAGCCAUUACACCACCAUCCUUGUAGACUGGGAAAAAGAAGAUCCCAUCAAAUAUAAUGAUUACCUCGAAGUGCAAGAAAUGACCGACAUCACGUGGCUCAACUCCCCCGGGCAGGUGGCCGUGGUGCCCCGGGGCUUACGCCAAGUGCUGAACUGGCUGAAGUUCAAGUAUGGGGACCUCCCCAUGUAUGUCAUAGCCAACGGAAUCGAUGACGACCCGCGUGCCGAGCAAGACACGUUGAGGGCGUAUUAUAUACAGAGUUACAUCAAUGAAGCUCUCAAAGCCUACUUAUUGGACGGUAUCAAUCUUUGUGGAUACUUUGCCUAUUCAUUUAACGAUCGCACAGCUCCGAAGUUUGGUCUCUAUCGUUAUGCUGCAAAUCAGUUUGAGCCCAAACCGUCCAUGAAACAUUACAGGAAAAUUAUUGACAACAAUGGUUUCCCAGGCCCUGAAACUCUGGGAAGAUUUUGUCCGGAAGAAUUCACCCUGUGCACCGAGUGCAGUUUUUUUCAUACCCGAAAGUCUUUACUGGCUUUCAUAGCUUUUCUUUUUUUUGCUUUUAUUAUUUCUCUUUCCCUUAUUUUUUACUACUCUAAGAAAGGCAGAAAAAGUUACAAAUAG